CGGUGCCAGCCUCGGGGACCUGUGGCUGGUUCUGUCAUUAUAUUGUUUAUAAGAGAAUAAACACUGGUUAUUUUCUUACCCUUCGUCUCGCCUCCCUGCUUUUUGUUGCAGCCCAGGAGCCGGGUUGUAACAGAGGGGGCUCGUUGCUUUGGACCUAGGAAGCGUGUGCAACUGGAUGUCCGUUGUGGGGACGGUUUUCGCGCAGCUGCUGUUGUCGCUGGGUGCGGCUGGUUGUUUUGGGAGUAGCGUUGCGGGGGGUGAGGUCGCCAUGGGGGUCCGUCCUGUAAUGCCUAUCGGUGGUGUGGAUGUUAUCCUGGGUAACGGCCUGGCUGGCAGCCGUGUGUGGGCUGAGGGUCCACCGACUACCAUGCAGUCAUCUUCACCUACUGUGAUCGUUAAGGCAGAGGAGAAUGCCAAGUGCUCUCCUGCAGUGUUUGUGGCUUGUUCUGGGACACGGGCUGUGAGCCGUGCACAGGAGGAAUCUGAGCAGGGUGAAGAGGUCAGUGAGAUAGAUUCUGUGGUUAUUCCUAACUUGUUGUUAUUGGCAUCCCGCAGUGAGUUGGUGAUAGAGCAGAAAGCGGAUGUCUCCCUCAGUCCGGUUUUUGAGGCGGUUCUCUCCACCGGGGAUGGAAAUUGUGUCACCAGGGGUUGUCAGCUGCAAGGGGGAUUGCUGGUCAGAAAGUGGUGGGCACGUGGGAAAGGCUUUAUUGGUGGGCCAGGGUAUCAGAUUGUGGUUCCUGUCAGGUUUCGCGGGGAGGUCCUCAGAAAAGCGCAUGGGCAGUCGGGACAUCUGGGUGUCCGUAGAACAUGUUGCAGUAUUUCUUUUGGCCUGGGUUGAGGAGAGAUGUGUCUCGGCAUGUUAGAUCAUGUCACGCGUGUCAGACGGGUGGGCCUGUUCGGCAGCGACCUGGGGGCCAGGUCUUGGGUUUGUUGCCGGGGGCUAGGUUGCGGUCUCUGGAGGGACAUUCCGGGUUCUUCCAGGUGCUUGGUCAAGGGACUGGCCAGAGUGGUCUUCUGUCCACGCCAAAAUAUCGGAGAAGAGCUCCUAGCUAUUUAGGUAGUUAACGGUGUUCUAGUGGAACUCCUUUCUUAUGGGGGGGGAGUGUGACGACCCCUCCACAUCACGUGGGGUGCCGUGUGUUUGUGUGUGUGUGUGGUUUUGUUCAGGUUGUUUCAGGUGCUGAUGAGCCGCACCUGUGGGCGGAUGCCUAUCGGAUGAGCUACACCUGGUGGAGCGGGAUAAAGGAGGAGCCCAGCCGGUUGCGUUGCUCUCACUCCUCUGGGCACUUUCUCGGUGCCAGCCUCGGGGACCUGUGGAUGGUUCUGUCAUUAUAUUGUUUAUAAGAGAAUAAACACUGGUUAUUUUCUUACCCUUCGUCUCGCCUCCCUGCUUUUUGUUGCAGCCCAGGAGCCGGGUUGUAACAAUUUGCACACACACACAUACUGUAUGCAAGCAACACAAUUGAAAUGCUGAUCUCUGAAGACAAGAGGAAUGGGAAAUGUGCCAAAGCUUUCAACUCUGCACAAUUCAAGGGAAAUACUCUGCAACAGUGUGUCCAAUGAGGUUUUCGGCUGACAUUUUUUAAGUCCCAGCAUUUCUGAUAAUAACAAACUUUCUAAUGAUGAAUGGACACACUGAAUCUGUCAAUACUGAAUACACGAUGAGGUUAGUAGGAGGUGGACCUUUGCAGAACAGCAGGAAAUGUGGCUCCAGUGUUU